GCACUUUGAACCGUGCAUUAGCUUCUCUGGCCCUGGAGGCUAGUCCGAGUGAUUGAUGGGCGGAUCUACCAAUCACGAGUAGGAGAAGGCGCAGAGUGGCGAGCAAGGGUCCAAUCGGUGAUGCGAGGGCAGGCGCAGUACGGGGAAGGAGGAAGUGGCCGGUUUGCUGGGCUGCGCUUUGUGGAUGGAGUCUUGUUCAUUUCGAGGGCUUCAAAUGGAGGUGUUUCCUGAAGUCAGAGCAAUCAUUGAUUUAAGCAUUUUUAAGGACAAGGAAAAUGAGGCGUUGGGUAUCAUUAAAUUAAGCAAAGCAUUUGAAAAGUGUCAAGGUGGUGUAAAAAGUUAUGAAGUUAUUGAUUCAUUUGAAAAGAUUGAUAAAAUUCACACUGAAUUAAUGAAGCUUAAGAUUGGGCUCUCUGGAACAGGCAUUCCAAAGUCCUCUGGUGCAGAAUCUAGUGCAUGCUCUGAGGCAGAGAUGGGAAUGUCCUCUGAAUUAAAAUCUACAAGGCAGCCUGGUGCUAAGUUUCCAAGUUCCUCUCACACAGAAUCUACAAGGUCCUCUGCAACAGAGUCUGCAAGAGCUUUUGGUGCAAAAUCUACAAAGCUCUCUGGUGCAAAGUCUUUAAGCUCCGCUCAUACAGAAUCUAUCAGACCUGCUGGGAAGGAGUUUACAAGGAACUCUGGUGCAAAGUCUUCUGGCAUAGGAUCUGAACCUACAAUGUCUUAUGCAUCUCCGAACCCUGAUGUAGUACCAGUAGACAGAACAAUUCUGUCUUACAUUGAAGAGACUUGUGGCAGCCACCUGCAAAAGAUAGAGAGAGAUUUUGAUGCCCUCAAAAAAACAACCCAUUCUGGAAACAGCAUAGGUGUACAGUUUAUACAAAAUAAGAAUAAGUUACCAUGCCAUGGUGCAACAGAGAAGUUUAUUGAUCUCUAUCAAAAAAUUGCAACAAAUCUCACCAUGAAAACUGUAGAGUGUAACCUUUCAGGAAGAGGAAUAACAAUUAAAAAUGUUGAAGUAUUUCUCCAAACUAAAUUUCCAAAAAUCUGGUAUACUCCUAAGGAUACAGAACUUACUUUAAUUGGAAAUCCCGCUGAUAUUAAGAAAGUAGAAGCUGCCCUGGAUUAUAACAGAAGGCAAGAGAAUUUUCAACCAAACCCACAUGAUGCCAUUACAGCAGAUUCAAACAGGAGGCAGCCUUUACAACCAGAAUGUAAACCUGCCUCAAAUUCAGAUGCCAUGAUAAGAAAACCAAAAGAUGAGGACAAAACCUGUCCAAUUUGCUUGGAAGAAAUUGAAGUCCGAGAAACUUUAAAAUGUAAACAUACGUUUUGUAAGGAGUGCAUAGAUAUGGCUUUUAAAACUAAGUCUGCCUGCCCUGUGUGUGGAGAAGUGUAUGGAGAGUUAAAGGGUAACCAACCUGAAGGUGGUCGGAUGAGUCACAGGAACUUGGCGAUGCAUCUUCCUGGUUAUGAGAAAUAUGAUACCAUUGAGAUACACUACACAAUACCAGAUGGCCUUCAGGGGAAAGAGCAUCCACAGCCUGGCCAAAAGUAUCAUGGUACGACGCGUACUGCUUACUUACCAAACAGCCCUGAGGGGAGAAAAGUGCUCAAACUCCUGCAGCGAGCUUUCAGUCAAAGACUGAUCUUCACUGUUGGAACAUCUAGUACCACAGGGAGAAGCAAUGUGGUGACAUGGAAUGAUAUUCAUCAUAAAACAAGUACGCACGGAGGGCCAUCAGGGUUUGGGUACCCAGAUCCAACCUAUCUGGCUAGAGUGCAGGAUGAGUUGAAGGCCAAAGGAAUUUACUAAACUGUAUUGUAAAUGCAACAAUUAAGUAAGAUACUUGCGUGUUGUAGGUGUUGCUGCUUGUAGUUUUAAAACACUUCAUUUAAGAUCAUGUAUAUUGCUGCCUAACAACCAUCAUUUAUGUGCUUUAUGUAAGUAGAUAUAUGUAUUGUCUCACAAAAAGCAUAAAUAGCAAUAAUCUGAUGCAGAAUUGCAGUUUGCUUUUGUCAAAUAGAAGUUGUGAAUUCUUUGAAUUUCUGUGCCAAAUAGUUUAUUUCCAUGCAUUGCAGUAAAUUUACUGGUAUGCACAUGGUAGCAUUGCAGCUACUGGAUCAAAUGGAGCUGUAUUGGCCUAUGUGUUAUCUUUCCCACAAAUAAAGAUGUUGUUCUGUUCUGGGCCCAGGUUUAGAAAACAUCUUCUCUGAGUUUUUGUAACUGUUGACAAUCACAAUUCUGUCGGGAAAGGAAAGUGAAAGCAGGCAAAUAGAAGUGGCAGGGUAAAGAAAAUGAAGAGAAAGCUAACAGGAAAUCAAAUAGGAAAUUUACCUGAGUUCAUUUCACCUGCUUUCCCUAUUUCAGUGUUACAGCAACCUUUCACUUCCUCCUAGAUCAUCUUUUCACCUCCAAGAUUUGUAAAAUGACAUGAUACAGAGCAGGAUAUUAACACUUUGGAGCAGCUUAGUUGUCAAUAACCAUAGAAAGAGACUACAAAGAAACAAAAAUCAAAUCAAGAACAUGUUAGCAAAAGUGAAGGAAAACUGCUCGAUGGUGAUGGGAAAAAAGAAUACUUUAAGGCAUUUUCCCAUAUGAACUUUGUGUUACUAAUGCGCCAAUGUAAUAUGGAUUGAACUACCCUGGUGCCUCAAUUGACCAUAGUAUGUACAAUUAUUUUCUUUGAAUAUGCGCGUGGACUAGAAGCAUCACAUUCUCCAGAAGUAAAUUCAUAAUCUGGAAACUGCCAUUCAAAAGUUUAAUGUUUGAUACCCUUGACUCAAGUGUAACUAAACUGAUUUUGUUAUGUACACCAACAAGAUUUAUGAGAAGUCAGGAACAAGUUUAUUUAGUAGCCCUUCUUUUCAGUUUGAACUUCUAUUUCUCAGUUCUGCACUGAGAAUGCAUUGUAUAUUUCCCAUCAUUGCUUUGGUGAUAACACAUUUAAUUAGAACAAUAGUUAGCUGUUAGAGAGAUUACACAGACUCCAAACUGUAUCUUUUUUUUGGGUUUAUGAAUGAUAAACUGCUGCAUUGAAUUAUUCCCUUAAACUUACAAUUCUAACAUAUAUAUGUGGCUGGUAGAAAGAAGCUCAGUGUUUGGAAGUAAUUCAGAUUAUGCUGUGUGCUAGCAAACAAACAUUUAAACCGAUUUCAAACUCUUCUGCCUGCUGUUUUACUUGAGGUGUUACCCUGUGGCUUUAAGGAGUAUAGUUACCAUGAUGCCUAAGUGUGGUAUCCUUUAUAGUCAUUUCCCACUUAAUAUUGAGCAGUGUGCGUAAUGUUGAAAUUGCUUUGUAGCUGAAAGAGCCCCUCCACUCUCUUGAAAUAAAUUAAUAUGAAAAUAACGUCUUCACCAAUGUGAGAUAUUUUACUUUUAUACAUUGUCUUGCAUCAAAAUAAAUUUGCUUUACCUUGA